AUUUCCCAAAACGGAGCCAAACGCGGUUCUCCACAAACCCUUAAACCCUUCGAUCUCUUGCUUCAGUGCAGUCUAAUCAACAAAUUGUUCAUAGGUUAGGUUCCCGGCGAGAUGGUGAGCCAGAAGCAGAGACAGGCUCGCAAGCGAUACAGAGAGGAGCAUCCGGAUUUGUUUCCGAAACCAGAGCCCACGCCGCCCAAAGACCCAAGCAAGAAGAAGAAAAAAGAGAGCAAGUUCAAGCGCAAGAAGGCAGUAUCCAAAGACCCAAACAAACCCAUCAAAAGAGGAUUUGGAAAACACCCACUUAGAGUCCCCGGCAUGAAACCUGGUGAUAGUUGCUUCAUAUGUAAAGCCCAGGACCAUAUUGCCAAACUUUGUCCUAAAAAGGCCGAGUGGGAGAAGAAUAAGAUAUGUUUAGUUUGUCGAAGACGCGGACAUAGUUUGAAAAAUUGCCCGAACAAGAGUGACGAUGCUGUGGACAACUUGUUGUGUUAUAAUUGUGGGGAAAGUGGGCACUCUCUUGCAAAAUGCCCUCAACCCCUUCAAGAUGGGGGAACUAAGUUUGCCAGCUGCUUUAUUUGUAAUGAACGUGGACACUUGAGCAAGAAUUGUCCUCGUAACACCCAUGGAAUCUAUCCAAAGGGUGGUUGCUGUAAGAUAUGUGGCGGCAUAACACAUCUGGCCAGAGAUUGUCCUAAUAAAGGGAGCAGAGAUUCUGCUGCUGCUUAUAAGGGGAACUAUGGGAAUUAUAAUUCAUUGACUGAAUAUGGAGGACGGCCAAAAGUGACAAAGUUUGUAAGUGGGGAUGAUCUUGAGGAUGACUUUCUGACCGUUGGAACAACUGGUGGUAACAAAGAGAAGGCUUCAGAAUCGGCAGAUGUUCCGAGUUCCGAUUUGGGAGAUGUUAAUACAAAAUCAAAGAAGAUAAAGGGGCCGAAAGUAGUGAAUUUUGUUGGUAUAGUGGGAAACUGUUGUGGUGGACAUGAUGAGCCUUGGAAGCAUAGAAAAUUGUCAGCCCUAGUUUUGGUCCUCAAAAUUCUCUUAUUCAUCGCACUUCUCUCACCUUCAAUAUCCCUUCCCAAAAUUGAGGAUCUCUGUUAUCUCUCCUGCAUCCCAUUUCUGUCUUUCAUUUUUUUUUCCCUUCUUUUCUCUCACACAAGGUCAUCUCUCUUAUCACAGAACAACAUGGCGAACGCGGCAUCUGGAAUGGCUGUGCACGACGACUGUAAGCUGAGGUUCUUGGAGCUAAAAGCAAAGAGGAAUUUCCGGUAUAUUAUCUUCAAGAUCGAGGCGCAACAAGUGGUGAUAGAGAAACUCGGUAGCCCCGAUGAAAGUUACGAGGCUUUCACAGGAUCUCUACCUGCCGAUGAGUGCCGCUACGCUGUUUUUGAUUUUGAUUUCAUCACUGCUGAGAAUUGCCAGAAGAGCAAAAUCUUCUUCAUUGCAUGGUCACCUGAUACAGCAAAGGUGAGAAGUAAGAUGGUGUAUGCGAGCUCCAAAGAUAGGUUCAAGAGGGAACUGGAUGGGAUUCAAGUCGAAUUGCAAGCCACGGAUCCAAGUGAGAUGAGCAUUGACAUUGUAAAGGGUAGAGCACUUUAGGCGUGGAAGUUGUGCCUAGGCUGGGUAUCCUGCAUUGCUUUACAAUUACAUAUGUGAGAAUGGUUUAUUUAUUUUUUGUAUCUCCCCCUUUUUUCAAAUUGCUCUGAUUGAAUGGUGUUUUUUUUUGUUGUACUAAACAAUGUAGUUUAAUUCGAUGUAAUAUUAUCCAUAUACUUCUCUACA